AUGAGGGUUUUCAUCACCUUCCAUGGUUCCUGUGAGCCUUUUGACAUCUCUCCUGACCAGACCGUGGGGACGGUAAAGCUGAUGGUCAAGGAUUACUUCCACGUGCAACUGUCAGACGACAAGCAGGUGAGGCACUUCCUGGAGUUGAGCUACGCUGGUGCCAUCCUUCUGGACAGCUGGUUCCUGACAGACGUUGGCAUCCCCCCUGGCAGUGCCAUCCGCUGCCUGCUGAAGCAGGAGCCGGUGGUGCGUGUGUUCAGUGCCGUGACAGGGGAGACCCUCUCAGUCUUGGGCCCUGUGGUUCUUCUGAGUGCGUCUGUGGCUAGGCUCGUGACCCUGGUGUCCCAGCAGUGUGGGCUUCCCGUCAGCUCCUUCAGACUGAGCUCUCCCACCGGCCUGCAGCUCUACGACUGCAACCGUCUCCACGACUACGCUAUUGACCUGGGGGCAACUCUACGGUUGGACACAUGGGAUGGGUGGGUGGAGUUCCUCAGAGGCUGCUUCCUGGGACACAGACGGACCGUCCAACGACACCUGUCUAGGGAGAGGCCUGUGAUGAGGUUCCAGCUCCGGGUGGCACUCUACAUCGCUGCUUCUCUGGGCCACCUGGACCUGGCCUGCUGGCUGCUGGAGAGGGGGGUGCGUGCCAACGAGCCGGUGGGGGUCCACCCUUACCGUGAGUGGUGCCACCAGACGGCCCACCCCGACGCCGCCAAGUGUCCCGCCAUCGCCGCUGUCGAGCGUGGCCAGCUCACCAUCCUCAAACUCUUUAUCGCCAGCAGCGUUCUGACCCUGGCCUGUCGGGACCCCCAGGGUCAUGGCCUCCUAAGGAUCGCCCUCCAGCACGGCCACAGGGAGUGUGUGCGUCACCUGGCCACCAAGCUGUUUUCUGUGGUGGCCCUCCUAGGUAUGGCUCUCCCCAUGCGGACGUACGUCCAGAUAAAACGCUGGGUGAAGCUGGGGCAGAGAAGGGCAGCAUCCAGGCUCUGCAUGGGCCUCAACAGGGCUCCGUUCAGGACCAGGGUGGAUGACACGGUCCUGGUGGACGGAUUCACCCUCCCUAAGAUGUCCUCCAAGCCCAGGAAGGGUGAGGCCAAGGCGGGUAUCAGGGUCACAUCCAAAGCCUCUCAACCUUUGACCCCCAUCAACUGCCCGUCUCAUGUAUCCUGCACGCUCUGCGCCCUGGCAUUCCAGGAUGCAUCUCUUCAUCUGCCGAAGCUAUACCCACGAGGGAGGGGAUGUGAGGAGAAUGAGAGUGGGGAUCAGAACAGCAACCAAUGGAGGAGCAGAGUUCCGCUCCCGCCCAUUUCCAGAGACACCAAUCUCAGACCUCUGCUUGUCUCUGCCUCGCCAAACUCCUCCCAGGUCCUCACCACCUCACUGGAGUCCUUUUCUCUCCACUGCGACCGCACACCCAGAGAAAACGCCGUAUACUGUUUGGCCUUGGCCAGUGCCUUCACAGAGAGACCAUGGAUAAAGCAGCUGGAUGUAGCGCGUACUCUGGCCAGGAGGAGUGUUCAGAACAUGGGGUAGACACCAGGAUCGUGGUUAGAAAGGCACCGAAUGGAGAGAAAAACGUUUUCCAUUGUGUGCCCUCAUGAACACAACCCAGAGAUCAACUGCACUAACUGGUACCUCACAAAGUCCCUGUAUUGUCACUAACAAGGAAGGAAACGAGUGAACAAGAUGAGGAUGAUGCCUGAAACAAUGCGGACGAUGAAGAAUUUUGUUCCUUCAGAUGUGCUUAUAGGUAUCAUCAGCACUGUGUUUGAUUUGUGUGCAGAAAGUUUAUAACGGCAGGCAAGUGGAUUCUCAGUCAUUCGUAUUCUCAAGUAACAUAAAUGUAUCAUAUUUCACUGGUUAUUUGUAGUAGCCACAUGUCAAUGGAAUUAUUAUUAUUAUUGUUUGUCUUAAUUCUAGGAUCAUUCAGCUGAAUGAACGUGAUUGUACAGUAUGUGUUUGUAUGUGAUUGUAAGUGUUUGACAAGGGUCUAAUUGAGGCUCCAAACCCCCCACUUAACACUAGUUUUUGUCCAUAGAAAUCCUCACUUGCUGAUGAAGAUCUAUAGUGGUUGAAACCAAUGUACAGUAUACACACUGCUGGAUUAAAACUCUUUGGGUGCAUUUUAUUAAGAUGUGUAUCAGAACUGCUCAUAUAAAUGAGUCUGUGCAGUGUCAAAAUAAUACAUCUGUUACAUAUGAAUAAAAGGAAAAUAAAAUGCUGUUUUGUGCAAAGAAAAUACCACAAAAGACAUGAAAUAAGGGCAUUAUGGGAAAAUAAUACAAAAAUACAUUGCUGUAUUUCACAUAGAGGAUUUGACAAACCCUGUUUACUCACGUUACAAAACUGCCAACUACUGUAUAAAGAUUUGUUAGCACAGAACAUGUCAUCACAGGCUAAAGAGUAGCCUAUUCUCCUGCAGUUUGUGGAUUUACACAGCAACAUAGCAGACACAUUGGAAGGGGAAGGACACAAAAUCCAAUAUCAUACACUUCUUCCUUAGUAUUCUGAAAGUUGUCAGAUAGCUGUGAGAGCUAUGAGUGGAUAGUGGACCCAUGCAUACAUGACGGUCCUCUGUAGCUCAAUUGGUAGAGCAUGGCGCUUGUAACGCCAGGGUAGUGGGUUCGAUCCC